AUGCUCGCCAAGCAGGCCUUGAUGAUCUGCCAAAAGGCUCUCCCCAAAACCACCCAACUGGGCAUGGUCAGCGCGGUCAACAACCGUAAGGCCUUCUCCACAUCCCGUCAGGCCCUCUCCGACUCCCCACGAGUACUCAUCACUGGAGGGCUGGGACAACUGGGAAUGCCCCUAGCUCGUGCUAUUCGGUAAGUCCACCAUCCCCGGAUGUCUUAUUUUCCCAACAGCUCAGCUAUUGACAGUUAGCUGACAGAAAGCACAAAUAAUCUUCUCCUCUGAUGCGUAUUGUGUUCUGGCAGUUUUGGAUAUUAGGCUCGUACUGCGAAAUGAGUGGCCGUAAUUUCGGAUAGCAGCUGCCGUGGAAGGCAUUAAAGUCGCACAGAAAAAAAUAUGUGUACUCGGUUCGCGGCUCACCUUUUUAUAUUAUUUGAGGACUUGAGAUUCUCCUUUUAAAUAUUACUGAUUAACCUUAUCCACGCAAACCAGUAUUUGCGAUCCGUUUUUGGUUACUUUUGAAUCUAAAUGGGUCAGCACAAAAAAUUACAAUCAAAGCAAACUCUGUGAGGAGCCCAAGACACAGCUCCCAUUGUCUAUGUCUCAGAGAAUGGCAUACCGUUUCUUUUACUUUCGCAACUCUAUACUUUGGUCGGCUUCGACUGGGAUCCCGUGCGGUAUUUGGGAGAGGGGCCAAACACCAGACUUUAGAAAUUGCGACCUCAAAAUGCCUUGCAUCAUCAAUUAAUGACUUUGGAAACAGCACAUUCAUCAGUUGUAUUUCAAAUGGCGGCCUUGUUCAUCACGAAAGCUGUUAUUAAUUCUGAAGUAGCACUUCCAUUUUUGAAUGUUUCUACCAUUUUCACGCAGUCGCCAAAGAAAUUUGGCGUGUUCUGUGCAGCAAGUUAUAACUGUCUAAAAUAUUACUAAACAGAACUUUAUUCACCAUCGGGUAUCCCUUAGUUUGUCUUUAAGUUUAUCCAGUAAUUCCUUCGCAUCCAACUUCUCCUCGGCAUGUGCGUCGUAUGCCUUGAACUUUUAUGUAUCAAUAGUCGAGGAAAGAGCAUUAUUUGUGCAUAGAGAUUUGUAUAAAUAUAAAUGACAACAGGACUUCAGUACGGGAGAGAUUGCCUAGUACAAAUGUGCAGUUAACAAAAAAAUAUACUAAAACAAUCCUACCGGCGCCUGUACUUACGAAUAAUCGAAGCCCUUGAAUAAAAAAAUAGAGACAUCCGAGUAGAAACACUAACAGGUGGUUUUGGCUCUGAUGAUGGAAUCGGGUGUGAAUCUGAGACAUCAAACGAGUAAAGUACUUGUUUCUGGGGUUAUGUCCCCACCUUCGCGGGUAAUAAUGAAACUGUUUUAAGAUCCUCAUUUUCAAGUGUCACGAGUGUUUGUAUCGCCACUCGUUAACUUGAAACCGAGAAUGCUGGCCUGAAUAGGGUUUUCGCUACAGCCAGCUGUGAGGGUAGGGUAUGCGACCCCCUCCCCUGGGUGACUGAUUGGAAAUCAGUUUUUUAUCUUAUUUAAGUAGGUGUAGUUUAUGACCAUCCGCCUAGGAAUAGGCCAUUGGAGGAAUUGUGUGAGUCGCAGAGGUUGACCUUCGGCAGCAUUGUUGACGUUAAGGUUUCCCGUAUCGGGUUCAAGGUUAAGGCUAGUGUUAGGAGUUGGAUUAUUCUGAGGACUGGGAUUGCAGGCCUGGGCUGCGCUUUAGAUUUGGGCUGAGGUUAGGGUUUUUAAUUUAAGGUUAGGCUUGGAAUUAGGGAUUUUUGACUAGGGUUUUAAGGUUUGAGUUAAGGCUACAAUAGCGUUCGAGUUUUACUUAAAGGCUUAGGGAUCAAGGGUUAAGGUUACCCAUUCCAGGCGUGGCCGCAGUUGGCGUUUAAAUUGUAGUUAAAUACAGUUUUCAUAGGGGGUUACAUACCAAGUCCUUGCCCAGUUUUCUGUUAGACAUUUGUCACCUCCCCUAGUACUUCCCAGACAGAAAUGAUUGACUGCAAUCUAGCGUUAAUGCAGACAUUGACUGACAUCUAUUUGAGCCGACUCAAGCCAUUUGGGAGUACAGGUCAACCAGAAACGAGUAGUAUUCGUGAAUGUUUGCUGAUUGCCAGCGUGUGCAAGCACCAUUCUCCAUUUCGAUUCGACAACGGCAGCCAUGUUUGCUAUUACCGAAGUUAUGUGCGCCCUAAAUGUCUGUUUCUGAUGCACUGUGAUGCUCGUAUUAAUUGAAUGUAUUCCUAAAUCCGAGCGUUCUUUUAAUUCCCUCUUUUCAGCGCCAAGUUCGGAAAGGAUUCUGUUCUUAUGACUGAUAUUAAGAAACCUGACCCGAGCGUGAAGGAUCUCGGUAAGUGUCUGUCACUGCCGUCGCUGUAGAACCACCACUUUUCUCAAGCUUAUCCUGAGCUAGGUCCCGCGCUACCUGCAACUUAUUCCUUUACUAACCUUUCAGGUGCAUUCGAAUUCGCUGACAUUCUGGACACAAAUGCCCUUCGCGAGUUGAUUGUGGAGCACAAAAUUGACUGGCUCUUCCAUUUCUCUGCCCUCUUGAGUGCCAUCGGAGAACAGAACACUCCUCUGGCCACAAAAGUCAACAUUGAGGGUGUUCACAACAUCCUAAGUGUUGCCAGAGAGUAUAACCUCCGACUUUUCAUCCCCAGCACUAUCGGUAAAUCAGAUUUUCUGCUCUUACCCAUCUUGUUUUAAUUCCAUAAUAGAAAAAGUGCAUAUCAAUAUAUGCCCUCGCAAAUACACAAAUACCCGUAUUUACAGGAUACACUGGCGUAGCUCAGUUUAAUGUUUUUGGCAACUCGGUGGAAGACGAAACUCCAACCCUGUAUUCUUAUACUUACAACGUUAAUAACAGGUGUGCAAAACUGAGACUUUUGAUAUUGCCCAUGUUUUUUUAAAUCCCAUAAUAGAAAAAAGUGUUUAAGUACGUGCAAGCAUAGAAGUAAAUAGCCAUAUUUGGAGGAGACAGUGGGGUAGCUCAAGUACACUUUUUGGGCAACCCGAAGAAGGGUUAAAUCUCAGUUUAAGACUCCUUAUAUUUAAUAGGCAUGCCAAAUUGAGGCCUUUUAUGUCCAGACAUGAAAACUUUAAACAAUUGAUUGCCGUUUUAAACUCUACUUUGAAGGUUUUUUGUUACUUGUCAUGGUAAACAUCUUCUUGACAUUGGUUGAAUAGGUGCCUUCGGCCCCAACUCGCCCCGCAACCCCACACCCGAUGACUGCAUCCAACAACCAAACACCAUUUACGGUGUAUCGAAAGUGCAUGCAGAGCUCUUCGGUAUGUACCUCAAUCACCGCUACGGCCUCGACUUCCGAUCGCUGCGUCUGCCAGGUGUCAUAUCCGCCGAUGUCGAGCCCGGGGGUGGCACCACCGGUGAGUACUUACGCUCUUUCGCAAUCUUUUUACACAAAAAAUACGACUUAUUGAACAUUCUGUUGAUGCACACCCUCAAACCAGUGCCAUACAUAACAUGAAUACAUACCGGAACUUUACGCACAAAAGCUAGUCAUCUCGUGGCCAUAGGAAGAAUUAAUAAGGAGAAGUGACCCCCUAUGCGGCCAAGGGCUUGUGCAUUGCAAAAUUUUAUUCAAAAUUCACUUGACUCCCCGUGGGUCCCUCAUAUGUUCUUCCAUAAGGCUAUUACACCAACCUCGUGUAAACAAACUAAGUACUCGACCUUCGCUCUUUCACGCUCUAAACUUGACUUUGUUAAUUACCCCGGAAAGCAGGGGUAUCCGUGUGAAGCUAUUUCGCAGAGAAAGAUUUAUUUACUGGAUAGUACUGACCGACCUGUUUCAUCUUCGAACCCCUCCAGACUACGCCAUUCACAUCUUCAAGUACGCUAUGCGUGGCGAGCCGUACCCAUGUUUCCUCAGCGCCAACACCCGUCUUCCCAUGAUCUGGAUCGACGAUGUGAUCCGUGGCAUGGUUGAGGUCAUGAGCUGCCCGCGUGAGAAACUCACACGUUGUGUCUACAACCUGGCUGCUGUUAGUUUCACUCCCAAGGAGCUCUAUGAGGCCGUCGUCCGCGGCAUGAAGCGUCAUGGGCUCAACAAGCAGCUCAAAACCUUUGACAUCAGUUACCAGAGCGACUUCCGUCAGAAGAUCGGUAAGUAAUUGUGUGAUUGGUGUUUGCAAUUGCUUCCGUCUUCCGCUGGCAAACUUUGCCAACUGAAGCCAACUUUAUAUCCUUAUUGGUAAUGAUUUACAACGCGUCCUCUGACUACGUCCCCAGGUCCUUGAAUAGAACGAAGCUCUCAUUAUUAUUGCUUCGUCCAGCAAUAGUUAAGCUUACGUAUUUUCAAUUGCGUCUGAUCACGGUUGGAAGAUAUUUUUGCCGAAUAUUUCGUUUUCUCCAAGAUAAGCACGUGGCGUCCCUAUUGCAUGGGUCAGCACAUAUGUAUGCGAUAAUAAAUUUUAACUUUUUUCGUUGUUCCUUUGGGUUGCAGCCGAUAGUUGGCCGGAAGUCCUGGAUGAUGCCAAUGCCCGCAGGGAUUGGAACUGGGCCCAUAAAAUUGACACCGAUGGCAUGGUUGACAAGAUGUUCGAAUACCUGAAGACACACUAACUGGUAUGUGGCGCCGGUUUUUUGCUCUCCUUUUGAAAUGUGCGUGACUUAGUUUAUAGUGUUAACAUACGUACGAAGCAUCUACCGCAUUCUCUCCUCCUUUCCCAAUUGAGCCCGGUGUCAAGAAAUAGUCAAGGAGACAGGAGGCUAGAGAGGGCGCAGCUGGCUUGCACGGCGUAAAACCGCACCUAGACGUACCAGCACACCCCCUGGUUCACAACAGACAAACUAGGAUUGAUCCCCGGCAAAAGUAGGGGAUGGAACAGGUCCCAACAGGUGAAGCGUGAGCCAACAACUGGAUCUGCUACCACACCCAAUGUCGACAUUUUUUGUGGGUGCAUAUUCCCGAUAACGCCUGAGGGACUCCGAUCUAGCCCCCCUGUGUUGACCCAGCGCGUCUACCGCACGGCCCGUUUUAGGUACACAAACGCCACGCACACACGCGAUAGGCAUCUUUGUCAUUUUCACAUGCAUACUGGCUUUUCUGUCUCAGUGUGGACUUUUCGCUGUAGUCACAUUAAGUAAGCAUUCGCACGUACGGGUGUUGAGCCGUAUUAGCAAGGCCAUUUCAUCUAGAGCAUAUUGCCGCCCUCAACAUACACAUCACAGUCCUGUAUAACUGCCGUGGACGAGGGAACAUGCAACGCACACAGUAUAUGGCCUCUUCUGCUUAUGUAGAUUAAUUUAAAAUGCUUCGCUGGGGUGUCUGUUUAUUUGUCCAGAAAAGCUUCCUCUAUAUUCCUCCGUGUGUGUGGCCUCCCUCUACAUCAAUAUCUAAUGAACAGCCCGGAAAUGCAUUGCUUUUGGAAAAUUUCCACAACCGUUAUCGACAAACCCUUGGGAUUUUUAAAAAGACUUCUUCUUGUUGUUCUUCUUUCCCUAGAAUCACUGCGUUGCCAACCUUCCAUUUUCACGAUGGCGCCAAAAACCUCACAGCUCUCUCUCCUGGAUAUUCUCUGCAGAUCAUCUAGGUCUAUCUGCGUGUACAUGCAAAAUGUAUGAAAGUCUACAAAAUAUAGUCUUAUACCUAUCUCCUCUUGCCUUCACUUAAUAUAACUGAUAAUCAGAUAGAUUUAAUGCAGAGUGGUCAUAGCAGAAAAAGCUAAAUAUUGGGACGGAAGUGCGCCACCUGGAAGCUGCUUUACUUUUAACUCUCUUGACCUGGGAACUUUUAUAUAUGGCUGCAGUUUGAGCCAUCGUAGAUCGGGAGACGGUGGAGUUAGAUGUGCUUCUACAGCAUUAAGAUUGCAUUUUCAGAGUAACUAACCAAGCUCGAUGUCUGAAGGCCCAGUAGCGUGAAACAGUUCAGUUGCAUUGUCUAUUUCCAGAGGGGCGAGAGCAAAAAACAAAUUUUUGCUCGCUGUAGCAAAAAUAUGUGAUGCAUCUCCGCUUAUUAGGCUUAGACCGACCGUUGUAUCACUGUCCUUGUGUGUUUCUAUUCGAAAGUUUAUAAGAAAACUGCAUUGCAUGUCUUGUGUAUUUCCAGAGGGGCGAGAACAAAAAACAAAUGUUUUGGACGACCGCUCUCUGUGGCAAAAACAUGUGAUGGAUCUCCGCUCAUUAGGCCUAGACAUAUCGUUGUAUCACUGCCCUUGUGUGUUUCCAUUUGAAAGUUGAUAAUAAAACUAAGAGAUUGAGAAAACCGCAUGUAAGCUGUUUGGUUAUCAAUCAGUAGCUAUGUUUAUAACCGAUGUCAACAAGUAUGAAGAAAUUCCAGUAAAUAACAAAGAUCGCGGAUUCAGAGCUCGGGUGUGGCAAACUAGGGCCUGGGUAAGGCCGACCGGCAACGAUUAAUAAAUCAGGAAUGGCCAUUCCAAUUCCAUUGGUCUUGGAUGGCACUCUGCUUCCGCACCCUAAACCAACAUGCUGCCAUUUUGAAAGUGACCUUGGAUUAUGUUCCACGUUGGUCACUUUUUGCAUCUCACCUAAGCAGUCUUUUCCAUUUCAAAGCAUAUUGUACAGUAUGGUUCAUAGUUUGCGAGUUUUGGCGCAUAUUUUUGUUUCCUCUUUGAUGACGAUGUUCCCAAACAGGUUACCGUCAACCAAAUCGAAGUGCGUGUACUCCAGUGCAGAAUAUGGGUACUCACGCGAUGCACUUAGCAUGGCGGCGAGGUUGGAAAGCCCUUUGUUCUGAUUGAGAGCAUAACAGCAAGGGAAAUCAGAAGGGAUUCUGGAGCACCUAUGGCACAGGUAUAUUAUGACCGAACGUAUGGUAGAUUCUCAUCAAGAAAGUAUGCUCACGUUGUCAAAAAUUGUGACAGAAUAUCGUAGUUUAUUAUCGUUUAAUCAACAGGCCACGUCGGGGAUAAGAACGAGAGUCAGAUUUGGACGUGACACGUGUUUCUCGAGCUGUGCUAAGUUCUCACGGGGACUUAACUAGCACCGCAAACGUACACUUCCGCGUCACCCCGGCGACUGCCCGCAAUCUCAUCACCAGUUAAUUAAAGUACUCCGACAGUCAACGGAUUGAAAGGAGAGGGAUGAGAGAGUGGGGCCGAUAUUGAGGAACAGUACAUUCUCAAGGCAAGUAAGCAUAUGCCUCAUUACGGUGAACUCGAUUUACUUGGACCUAUCAGAAUGCGCUGAAAGUUGUGACUUGGAAGGCUGCCAACUAACUUGCAAGCACGGUCUUUCUACGGACACCGAGUUGGGAUGUACCGGCUAAUUCUUAAUGUGGUUCUCGUGGCCUCAUCAUAACUGCGAAAUUCGAAAACUCCAUGAAUGUAGCCUAAAACAUUAAAUCGGGAAAAAGUUGUUUGUAACACGCGUAAACGAAGUGUUUAUUCCGGUCAGUCACUCAGCACAUGCAGAUAUUCGGUCGUCUUGGCAUUGCCUUAACACCGCAGCAUGGCAGAUGGCAUGGAGACGGUAGUGAGGUAGGUGCAGCGCACAUCGGCUUUACUGUAAACAAAUUCUCAUGCAAAUCACCCCUGCGCUUAUCGUAUGGGGCGGCUUCGAAAGUCAUUGUAUGCAUCCAUCAAAGAGUGUGUGUGUGUGUGUGUGCGUGCGUGUGUGUUUGCAUACUGGUCACGCAGUCCUGGAAGGAUGCGGGGCGGUAAACAGGUGGCAGUAACACUUCUUUGUGUGUAUUUGUAUUAGGUGGGGUGUAGGGGUGUCUGCGGUGGGUUCACGUAAUGGUCGUGGUGGUCGCUCACUUGCUUGCAGGUGAGACUGCGCCUAGCGUCCACUUGCUGGCACUGAACUCUCACCUGUGGCUCCACGUAGCUGGGCUCUGCUCAGCGGCCACACCCCGGGCAACCGUCUCGACCGCCAGGCUAAACCAGGUGAGGGGGCCUGUGCGCUGUACCGUGUGCACAGGGUUUGCGGAUUCCGCUGGAUUGAAGGUCGGAUGGAACCUUGCGUCGGCACCGUCGUGACGUGGUUCGUCUCUGCACGCCGCUGGACAGCCGGUGACGGGAUGGAUCUCCACAUCGACAUCGCCUUGACGCGCCCACCUACACCGUCGGAGACCGCGGCUUACGGCGAAUUCGAGUCGCUCUCCACUACAACCCGAAGUCGUGGUCCCAUAGUGGAGUUCGGCCAUGCAGGUGUCGGCAACACCAUCUUCUGGAGUGGUCGCCCCAGGCCAGAGCGACGAGACGCGGGCGUCGCCUUCGCCAUCCGGAACGACAUCGUGGGACGACUGUCCAGUCUGCCGCAAGGCAUCAACGAUCGCCUGAUGAGCCUCCGUCUGCCCCUCCGGGGUGGGGGCAAAUUCGCCACCAUCAUCAGCGCCUACGCUCCGCCGAUGACCAGCCCCGACGCCGUCGGAAACAAAUUCCACGAGGACCUGCACGCCCUCUUGGCGACUGUGUCUAAGACGGACAAGUUGAUUGUCCUUGAUGACUUCAACGUCCGCGUCGGCACAGACCAUACUGCCUGGAGAGGAGUGCUGGGCCCCCACGGUCUCCGCGGCUCAAACGGCAAUGUUCUGCUGCUUCUCCGCACCUGCGCAGAACACCGCCUCAUCCUGACGAACAUCUUCUUCUGUCUGCCGGAGCGAGAGAAGGCCACCUGGAGGCAUCCUCGGUCGCGCCAGUGGCACCUGCUGGACUAUGUCCUCGUCCGGAGGCGAGAUCAGCGGGACGUGCUGGUGACGAAGGCGAUCGCGGGUGCUGACGGGUGGACCGACCAUCGCCUCGUCAUCUCGAAGAUGCGUAUUCGCCUACAGCCUCGCAGGAGACCACAAGGUAAGCGAUCCCCAGGUAAGCUGAAUGUUACCUUGUUGUCUUUGCCCGCUCACCAUCUUAAUUUCAGCAGUGAGCUAGCUCAACGGCUAGACAACCUUCCUAUCGCUGCCGCCGACGACGCCGCUGCUGCUGAGAACGCCUACGAGGAGAACCGCUGGUGUCAACUUCGAGACACGGUCCAGUCGACGACGCUCGUCGUCCUCGUUUGCGCUCCCCGCAAACAUCAGGACUGGUUCGACGACAACGACGCCGACAUCAGAAAUCUGCUUGCUGAGAAGAACCGCCUACACAAAGCCUACGUAGAUCACCCCACUGAUGCCACCAAAGCUGCCUUCUACCGCAGUCGCCGCCAGCUUCAGCAACGACUUCGCGAGAUGCAGGACGCCUGGACUGCUCGCAAAGCUGAGGAGAUCCAAGGCUACGCGGACCGCAACGAAUGGAAGAACUUCUUCUCCGCUAUCAAAGCUGUCUACGGUCCGGCGACAAAGGGCACUGCUCCUCUCCUCAGCGCCGACGGCAACACUCUCCUGACUGAGAAGACGCAAAUCCUGCAGCGAUGGGCCGAGCAUUUCCGAGGCGUCCUCAACCGCCCCUCAAUCAUCUCCGACGCCGCCAUCGAGCGUUUGCCGCAAGUGGAGACCAACGUGGACCUCGACCUCCCGCCAUCUCUCCAGGAGACCAUCAGGGCCGUGCAGCAGCUCUCCAGCGGGAAAGCACCCGGAUCGGACGCCAUCCCUGCUGAGGUCUACAAGCACGGAGGUCCCUCACUGAUGGAUCACCUGACUGCGCUCUUCCAGGAGAUGUGGCGUCAAGGUGAAGUCCCGCAAGAUUUCAAAGAAGCAACCAUCGUGUAUCUCUACAAGCGCAAAGGGAAUCGCCAAGUCUGCAACAAUCAUUGCGGCAUCUCCCUGCUGAACAGCGCCGGGAAGAUCUUCGCCCGCAUCCUCCUCAACCGUCUCAAUAACCAUCUGGAACAGGGCCUUCUGCCGGAAAGCUAA